GCGAACGGCAGCGCCGAGCGUGGCUCUGGGCUGGGUGCCUGCCGCGACUUCCCGCCCAAGGCCGGCCGGCGCGGGGCCCGCAGCGCAGGCGGCGCGGAGGAUGCAGCCGCGGCUCCGGGUGGCGGCCGCCAGAAGCUUGGCGCUCUGAAGGUCAGCAAGUCAAGUAGCAGCGGUUCAGGAGGGCUUGACACCUCUACAGUAAUGGCAGAGAAGCGGCCCCUAGGGCCUCUGGGGCCUGUGAUGUACGGCAAGCUGCCUCGCCUGGAGCCGGACCCCGGGCCAGGACACAGCCUGCCCCUUUCUGCUGGUAGCCAGGACUCCUGCAAUUACAAGGGUGCAUACUUCUCUUGCCCCAUAGGGGGCACUUCCAAGUCAGGAUCUGAAAGGUUGGCAUACCCAUACCCACCCUUGUACCCCACUGGUGUAGCAGGAUCCCCACUCCGGACUGACAACCUGUUGACAAACUGCCUGCUCUACCGCCCUCCGACAGAAGGCUCUGAAAAGAUACAAGACUCCAGCGAGCUCCUGCCCUUUGGUCCCCAGGCUCAUGCAUACCCAGGCCCACCACUGGCAGCGCCCAAGCCUGUUUACCGCAGCCCUUUGUGUUAUGGACUCUCCACUUGCCUAGGGGAUGGGGGAACCAAGAGACCAUUGGAUGUUGACUGGACACUGGUGGCUGGGCCCCUGUUGCCCUCUGCUGAUCCACCCUGUUCUCUAGCUACAGCUCCUGGCAAGGGCCAAUCCCUGGAUGGGACGUUCUUGCGUGGGCUACCAACUGGGGCACCUGGCAAAGAUUCCUCCCUAACUUUUUCGCCAUGCCAGGCAUUGUUGGAGAAAUAUCGAACCAUCCAGAGCACGGGCUUCCUGGCUUCCAAAUACACUGGUUCUUAUUCUGGGGAUCCCAAGCAAGCAAUGUCUGAGGGGCCCUCCAGCCCUUGGACCCAGCUCGCCCAGCCCCUAGGACCACCUUGCCAAGAUGCAGUGCCAGCCCACUACCCCCUGCCUCCACCACAGGCCUUGCCCUGCCCUCCAUCUUGUCGUCACCCGGAGAAGCAGGGAAGCUAUGGCUCUCUGCUCCCACUGCCACCUGUAGGUGUCCACAAGGGGGCUUCGUACCAAACUGGUGGGCUGGGCAGCCCCUACCUGAGGCAACAGCCAUCCCAGAACCCCUACAUGCCCUCUGGGGUAGAUACCUAUUCCUACUCCCCUGCACCCCUCCCGGCACCCUCACCAGGACUCAAGCUGGACCCCCCUCUUGCUCCAAGGUGCCCGCUGGACUUUGUCCCUCCAACUCUGGGUUUUCCUUAUGCCAGGGAUGAUCUCUCUCUGUAUGGGGCAUCCCCAGGGCUUGGGGGAACACCACCUUCCCAUUCCCAGAACAGUGUGCAGCCUGUGCCACAGCCCAGUGCCUUCCAGCGAACAUGCCAGCCUUUGCCAGCCAGCCAGUCAUGCUCUGAGCCUGUGAGACCUGCAGAGAAGCCAACACCGGAAGCUCAAGAGAAGAUAUGGCUGCCCAGCUGCAGGAAAGAGAAGCUCCAGCCCAGGCCCGGUGAGCGUCCAGGGGUGCCUAUUGUCAUCCGAGACAGUCCAGUUCCCCGCACCUCACCAGCAUUGCAUCCUUGUGCCAAGGAGCGCCAGUCUCUUCCCCAGAAGGGGGUCAAGCCUCCCAGCUCUCCACCAAUGCCUGUGAUUGACAAUGUUUUCAGUCUGGCCCCUUACCGUGACUACUUGGAUGUGCAGACACCCGAGCCCACAGCUGAGCAGGACACUGCUGCAGCCACCAGUAAGAGCCAAGACAAAGAUUGCAAGGAGACCUUGCCUGUGCAGGAUGGAACCUCCAGGUCUCACUCCUCUCUUCGUGAGGAGGUGGCUCUGGACUUGAGUGUGAAGAAGUCUGUGGCAGAGGCUGUCCCUGUCGAAGUCCCUAGUCCUGAGGUGCAUAAGCCCACUGAAGCUGUGGACAGGCCAGGUAUGGAAAAUACAGUGUCGGGUCUGCCAGGCCUAAAAAAGAUGGUCACAGAAAUAGCUGAAGUGACUACAGAAGCCACACCAAGGACCAACUUCCACAGCUCUGUGGCUUUCAUGUUUCGGAAGUUCAAGAUACUCCGUCCUGCACCCUUACCUGCAGCUGUUGUCCCCGCCCCACCCACCCCAGCUCCUGCCCCUGCACAGCCUGCGCCCCACCCCUCAUCUGUGCCCAUGGGAUUGCAGAUUCUCACUCAGCCUUUGCCAGUGGCGUGCUUCAACCUGGCCCUGCCUAGCCCACCGGCCAUAGCGGUGGCCUCCCCGGCCCCAGCCUCUGCUCCAGCGCCAUCACCAGCUCCCGCUUCUGCUCCAGCCUCAGGCCCUGCUCCGGUCUCUGCGCAAGUUUCCACUGCGGCUCCAGCCGACUCCCCAGAACAGCACUUUACAGAGCUGCACACGUCCCUCUGCGAUGCCAUCUCAGGCUCGGUGGCCCACUCUCCACCGGAGAAGUUGCGUGAGUGGCUGGAGACAACUGGGCCGUGGGGCCGGGCUGCGUGGCAGGACUGCCAGGGUGUGCAGGGCCUGCUGGGCAAGCUGCUGUCCCAGCUGCAGAAGUUUGUGUGCACACAGCAGUGCCCCUUCCCUCACGUGGUGCGGGCUGGUGCCAUCUUUGUGCCCAUCCAUCUGGUGAAGGAGCGUCUCUUUCCAAAGCUGCCGCCCGCCUCCGUGGACCAUGUGCUGCAGGAGCACCGCGUGGAGCUGCGGCCCACUACUCUGUCAGAGGAGCGUGCGCUUCGAGAGCGGGCCCUGCAUGGCUGCACCUCACGCAUGCUGAAGCUGCUGGCGCUGCGCCAGCUGCCUGACAUCUACCCUGACCUGCUGGGCCUGCAGUGGCAUGACUGGGUGCGCCGCCAGCUGGGUCGCUUUGACAUGGAGGCCAGAACUUUAUCCCCAUCAGAACCCACGGUGACCAGAGAUGAGCCUGAAAGCCAGCAAGCCCUGACUAGGAAGUCACCAGCCCCCAAGGUCAAGAAGCCAGGGAGGAAACCACCAACACCUGGCCCUGAGAAAGCAGAGACAACCACUGAUCCUUCACCUCCCCCUGGUGCCAGUACCAGCCCACCGGGCCCCACCCUGAGGGCACGCUUCCGCAGCUUGUUGGAAAACGCCUGGCUCAAUGGUGUGGCACUUCCUACUUGGGGCCACAAGGCUUCAGGACCAGACCGGCCUUCGCCUCACCCCCAGCUUCUGGGCAGCCAGAGCCAUCAUCUGUAGCCCUGGUUGCUAGGGCUGUUGGGACAACCAACCAUCUGGGGACCACUAUGUGCCUGUCCUGACAUCCAGCUGUCCAGGGCUAGGAGUGGAUAUGAGGGCUGGGCCCACCUAGCUGGGCAGAGACUUCCUGACCUUUUGACUUGAGGUCUUUGUUAGAAAGGAUUCCUUCCCUUGAGAAAACCCGUGGGCAUUGGAGCCAGUCUGACCUGGCUUUGGAUCCUGGCUGCUGUGUUCCUUGUUGCGUGUCCUGGGCAAACAUGUCACCUCUCAUGAGUCCUUGUUCCCUGUUUGUAGAAUAAGACAACACAGCCUACCUCACAAAGGUUGUUGUGGGGAUGGUGUCUGGCAUACACCUGUUAUGCUUUGGUUUGCUUCUUGUCCAGGACAGGCCUUUGACUUCCGUCAGGCUGUAGGAUAAUGAGGCUGAGGCUGGCAGAAGCUUCUUGUCAAGUCUUCAUGCGCCUUGGGACCUGGUUACCUUAAAAUACCUAUGUGUAUGGUUCGCACACACUUCCCCCGUCCCCUGCUGGUGCAGGGACCUGGCCUGGCGCUGGCCUGAAGACCCUCUGUCUGCUCUGGAUUCAUAUCAGUGGCCUACCUGGGUUGCAUCUCACCCCAGUAGGGUUGUGUAGCAUUGUAUUCUUCUAGAGCCAAGCAGCUCCAGGGAUGAUCCAGCAGGCUGUGAGCUCAAUGCUGGGAGGUGUCUGGAGGUCUGCACUGGGCACUCUUGGCAUUUCCCAGUGCUCUUGGGGCUACCUCCCUGCAGGGGCUGGCAAGAUGGGGCUCCUGCCUUGUUUAACGGUGUUGAUGAGAAUGGCCCUGGGGGCCAGCUAUUAAAGAGCAUUUGGGCUGUUUUUAGAACUGA